AGCCUUUCUCGCAACUUGAUAUGAGCGUGCUUGAUCUGUAUACGACAUCGCCUAUGUACUCGGGUUGUUGAUGAGCGUACUAAUGUUUUUAUUUCAAGACUAACAGAAGCAGCUACCAUUCUAUUCAAGUGGGAGAAUGAGUGACUCUGUUCCAUAUUUUUCUUUGUCUUAUGGGAUGUUUUGGUUUUCUUCCCCUCGCACUGCAUGCUGUCAGCCUCCUUUUGCCUUUUCACACCUUCCUAGACCAUACGCAUCGUUCGCUCCUUGCUCUUUAGUCAUGUCCUAUAUAUCAGUGUUUUAUCAUAUGUGGCAUUCUAAAGACCAAAUAUGCACUUCUGCAUACUUACCUACUAUAUCUAAUAUUUCUUUGUAUUUGACUAGAAACCUGUGUGACCCUUAGCUUAUUACUUUCCAACAAGCGUUGCAAAUUCUAGCUAUCUAACCUUAUUAUUGACCGAUUAUCCUUCUGUCUCUGCUGCAAGCCUAG